AUGCAAUCUACAACACCUUUAUCACCUACUAUUAAACCAAUAAUUAUGGUAAAUCAUGGAUCAAGAAGCGUAGUAUUAAAAGAAAAAUUUAUAGAAAUUUACGAAAAUUUCUUCAAGGGAAAUGAUCCAUCAAUAGGAAAUGCUAAUUUUUGGAAUGAAUUAUUUUUACUUAAAGUGAAUUCAUCAUAUCUCUCAAAAUGUUUUUCUGAAUUUUCUCAAGAUCAUUUACUAAGUAUUAAGAAAUUGAUUACUUCUAUUAAAUAUUUAUUGAUUAAAGGAGAAUCAGGUGAUUUAAUAUCAUUAAAUUUUGCCAAUUUGAUUAGUUUAUCAUUAUCAUCAGAAAGUUCAAAUAUUUCAUAUGAUGCAGCAAUUUUAUUGGGAAUUUUGGCAAAUUAUAAAAAAAGAGAAUUUAAAAACCCCUAUUUAAUUAAAAUAAGUGAAAUUAAAGAUGAUAAAAUAUUUGGAGCAUUGAUCAAAGUGAUUGGAUUAAUUUGUAGUAAAUGUAGAAAUCAGUAUAUUGAAAUCCAAGAUGAUGACUAUGAAAAUACUCAAAAAUUAACAGUAUCAAUUAAUAAUAAUCACAAAUUUAUUGAAUUCAUUUCUAAAAACCAAAAAGAUAAUAAAAAAAGUAAUAAUAAAAAUGACGAUGACAACGACGAUAGUCAACAACAUCAAGAAUUAUUUUGUGAUUUCUUAUCAUUUCUGUCGUAUUUAUUUCAACAUAAUCGCACUCAAAGAACAUUUAAAUAUAUUAAAUUAUCAUUAUUUAUAUUAACCAUAAUUAUCGAAGAUGAUAAAAAUGCAAAGUUUAUCUUCGAAGACACAAAAUUGUUUAAAAUUAGAUUAUGCAAACAAAAAAAACCUAUUUUACCAGAAGUUAAAUCAUCAAGACCAAUUGUUUGUUUUAUUUUAGAUAUUUGUGUUGGAUUUUUAAUUCAUAACAUGAGAAGAAAAUUACAAUCGGAUUUAUACAGUUUAACAUUAGGAAUAAUUCAUAAAAUCAUCUUUCAAUUAAAAACAAAUAAAAUUAGAUUAGAUUAUCAUUGGGUUGAAUUAUGGAAUUCAUUAAUAAAUUUAUUGAAAUUUAUCAAAUCGAAUAUUGAUUAUUUUGAAGAUAAAUCAGUUAUAAUCAAAGAAGUAUUAAUGCUGGUUAUUGAUAUCAUUAAUCUGAGCAUUUCUUAUGGUGACCAAUUUUUUAAUGAGGCAUUAAGCUAUGAUAAUUUAUUUUAUGAAAUAAUUAGGAAUAAAGAAACAUUUGAAAAUUUAAAUGGAUUAGAACUAGUAACAAAUAAACGAAUCGAACAACUUCCAUCUUAUAAUGAAAUACCUUAUCAUGUAUCAUUUUUAAGACAAGUAUUAAGAGAAGUUGUUAAAGAUUUUAAAGAAAAUUAUUUCUUCUAA